GACGCGGGGAACUUUUUUUGAAACUGUACUGUUUUGCUUUGCGUGGGAGCUUCCGGCAGUAGCUCUUCCCAGACUAUGGGCGGCCCCAGGCUGCUGUACUUUUUGAACAAUCUUAGGACCGUUUACUUUUCUCCACUCGUUCCUCUUCCUCAUGCCUGCCCUCAGUCCAGGACCAAAAGAGGAAGAUUGUCUUGGGAUCCCUGCAUGGUGUUCUAAAGGCUGGUUUAAAUGGGCAUGACAUUGCCUCAGUUCUUUGCUUUACAGGAAGAGUGCACAGAUUAGGGCUGUCAGGAUGUUCCCCUGCUUUCCCGUGCAGCCUUUGUGGAUGGGCUCUUCAUCUCUCUCUCUAGGCCAGAAUACGAGGGCUUGAUGUGUCUCACAACUUCCGGAUUAAAAAGUAACCUGUGUUGUUUUAGCCCUCUGAGCCCUUUGUUUAAAAGAGCAGUUGUUGUAGUUUGCGUAUUCCGGUAGGGUGAACAACAAAGAAUCAGAAACUGAAAUCGCAAGCUAACUUGGCAACUCUCACGGAUGUGUAGGAUGUGAUUUUGUGAGUAAAGAGAGCCUAACUGAAGACUGAGUUUGUGUGUUUGUAUUACAGGUAACAUUCUAUUUUUGUAAAUGCCAUCAUAUUGUAUGGUUUAUUAUCACAAGGCAUUAACAUGUACUGAUUAACAGCCAAAAGGCUCUUACUAUGUACUGAUAGCCAAUAAUAGUAACAUUACUUUGUUGGUGCCCUAACCGCAUUCAGUCUGAUCUGAAAAUGAUGUGUACCGGAUAGGCUCCAUGCGAAACAGGUCAUUUAAGAACUGUUCGUUUCAAACCGUGUGACUAGAUUAUUUUUCAACACUCGGAGUUUAAUUCUUAAUAAAAAGUGUCCUUUCGAAACCUGCGGGUGGUUUUCACAGUGGGUGAACAGGAUUUAGGAAUUGGGCUUUCUGCAUUGUGAAAAAAAGGAGUGAGUUUAGGGGAUGGAUCAGAGACAUUUGGACAAAGUGGACAGAUAACUUGAUUUAGCCACUACAGUUCUGAUUUUUAUACUAGGUGGAUUCUGCAUUCCAAGGAAUCAUGAUGAAGGAAUUAUGUAACCUUGGGUGUUCUCUAAUUCCUUGGAGGAGAGGUCAAGUUUAGGACAAAUUCUGAGUUCUAAGGUGGAAGAAUACAUGUUCACUUUUAGUGAACAAGAGCAUGUUCCCAAACUCAAUUUUGGGUCGCCCACCUUUCACUCCAAACCAUCAACAACAUAAUAACUUCUUCGCUCUGUCGCCAGCUCUUUAUUCACACCAGCAGCUCAUAGAUGCACAGUUCAACUUUCAGAAUGCAGACUUGUCUAGAGCUGUGUCAUUACAGCAGUUAUAUGGAAAUGUCAGUCCAAUACAGACUUCAUUUUCCCCAUUAUUUCGAGGAAGGAAGAGAUUAAGCGAUGAAAAAAACCUUCCUCUUGACGGUAAACGGCAACGUUUCCAUUCACCUCACCAAGAGCCAACUAUAGUUAACCACAUAGUGCCUUUAUCAGGUGAAAGAAGAUACUCAAUGCCGCCAUUGUUUCAUACAAAUUAUGUACCAGAUAUUGUCAGAUGCGUUCCACCUUUUCGAGAAAUGCCAAUUUUAGAACCUAGAGAAAUGACACUGCCUGAGGCCAAAGAUAAGUUGAGUCAGCAGAUACUGGAAUUAUUUGAAGCUUGUCAGCAGCAAGGAAGUGAUUUAAAGAAAAAAGAACUCUGUCGAACACAGCUGCAGAGAGAAAUUCAGAUGUUAUUUCCACAAAGCAGACUUUUUUUGGUUGGGUCCUCUUUAAAUGGAUUUGGUACCCGGAGCAGUGAUGGUGACUUAUGUCUAGUUGUUAAAGAGGAACCAUGUUUUUUUCAGGUAAAUCAGAAGACUGAAGCACGGCAUAUACUCACCUUAGUCCAUAAACACUUCUGUACUAGACUUUCUGGCUACAUUGAGAGACCUCAGCUGAUUCGAGCAAAAGUGCCAAUUGUGAAGUUCAGGGAUAAAGUCAGUUGUGUGGAAUUCGACUUGAAUGUAAACAAUAUUGUUGGAAUAAGAAACACAUUCCUUCUCAGAACUUAUGCAUAUCUUGAAAAUCGAGUUCGUCCGUUAGUACUGGUGAUUAAGAAGUGGGCAAGUCACCAUGAUAUAAAUGAUGCCAGUCGUGGUACUUUAAGCAGCUAUAGUCUUGUAUUGAUGGUUUUGCACUACUUACAAACCCUACCUGAACCCAUCCUUCCAUCCAUCCAAAAAAUUUACCCAGAAUCUUUUAGUCCUGCUAUACAGCUGCACCUUGUACAUCAAGUUCCAUGUAAUGUCCCUCCUUACCUCUCAAAGAAUGAAUCAAAUCUUGGGGACCUCUUACUGGGCUUUCUUAAAUAUUAUGCUACAGAAUUCGACUGGAACAGUCAAAUGAUUUCAGUUCGUGAAGCCAAAGCCAUUCCCAGGCCUGAUGGUAUUGAAUGGAGAAAUAAAUACAUCUGUGUAGAAGAACCUUUUGAUGGAACAAAUACAGCCAGAGCUGUACAUGAAAAGCAGAAGUUUGACAUGAUAAAGGAUCAAUUUUUAAAGUCAUGGCACAGAUUGAGAAACAAAAAAGAUUUGAACAGUAUACUACCUUUAAGAGCUGCUCUCCUGAAAAGAUGACUGGCCUCUCUUUCUUAACAAAUCUUUGAGAUAUAAAAGAACAAUAAUAACACCAUAAUGCAUUUUGUUUACCUCCAUCGUAGUUUCUUUUCAUUGUUCCUGUUUUCAUGUUUUAUUUUUAAGAGGACAUACUUAUAUAAAGAUUGCAUAUUUUAUUAAGACAUUUCCUAAUAAAACCCUUUGAUUUAAAGAUGUAUUUUUGAAAAUGUUUACAUUGGUGAUUAGUAAUAUUAUGGCAUGAAUUUUCAGGUGAUCAGAUAAAAUAUUUUUUGGGGAAUUAUCUGAACAAAUAAAAGGUUUUUGAUAUAACUUCAAUUAAUUGUACCACAUGCUAAUACUGAAGAGAUUUGUGGAAUUUUGGAGAGUAUAAUCUGUAAUAGAUAGUUGUUGCCUGUCUGUUCCAGUAAAGUGAAGAUUGAAGUCAGUUACUCAGUUACUUGAAGCAAAAUGAAAUCCUUUAUUUCAAUGAAAUCACUGCAGACGCAUGAAAUACUGGACAAUUGCCUUAAGUCUUCACUUGACUCACCGGGAUAGAGGUUUGGGGUGUGUCUGUAUUAGUAUUUCAUUAGUACCUCAGAUGCUUUUGAUGUACUCUUGAGAUUGCUUUAAAUUUUUUGUAACCAUACAUUUUGCACUGUAGUACCAUGAGCACUAACUCUGUAUUGAACAGCAGUUAGUGAAUUGUUUUAAAAAAUUCAGUGUAGACAUUUUGAAAAGAUCAAGUCUUACCCUGUGCUUUAUGGUAGCUUAGUGCACUAUGCACAUUAGCUUUUCUUCCCAUUUCGUGCUUUUAUUUUCCCUGUGACAUGAAGCAACAGAAACUGAAAGGUCAAAGUUGAGAUUAUAACCUAUUGAUGGUAUCACAUUUUUUCUGUGUGCAAUUAUAGGAUUGUAAUCUAAACUGGAAUUUUUAGGCAGUAAGCCUCUAUACAGUGUUUUAGGGUAAGACAUAAGAAUUAUAAAUAAAAGCUCAUGCUUGUAAAGAUACCUUUUUUAGUGUUUCUUUUCCACAUGAAGUAGUGGCUGCUGAAAAAGCGAGUGUUUAUUAAGGUUGUUUGGGGUUGUGUAAAUAUUUGUAAAUUGGUCAAUGCCUGUACAUUUAAAUAUGAAAAGUAACCUUGGAAACAGUUUUAACUUUUUCAAAAGGACUCUGUACAACUUCUUUUAGACCUGCUGUAGCACACUAUGUACCUCUAAUGUAUUUGGGUUUUUUGUGUGUGUGUUUUGCAGACCAAUCCAAAUGCUAAAACUUGCUUUUCUUUUGACUUGUAAAAGGUGCCUAUUUUCAUUUUCUUUAAGUUUAAAGUUUUGUAUUAUGUCAAAUGGAAUAAAGUUUAUAUAUGGAAA